AUGACCGGCCCGCCCAGCCACGCCGCCACGAGAGAAGACAGGGCGAGAAUCAACAAAGAUGCCUAUCACAACACACAGAUCCGGGCGAUCUUCUCCUCUUCUCGAAUGCUGUUCUUUGAGACCCAGGCCAAACACUCGUUCACCAGAUUAGUCACUGCCUACAACAUCGAUAACUACCUCCGCGAUCUGUUUAGCGAGCGUGCUCAUCUGGGAUACAUGCUCAAGCGAUGGAACACCAUGUCAGUAUGGGAUAUGGCAAUCCAGAAGAGCGCUGCCGCCUUGACUGACCAAGAUUUGAAGGCCGGGCAGAAGACGUGGCUGUACGUCGACAAAUAG